AUGUCUGAAGAAAAUACUGAUAUGACAGCUGAUAAUCAAAACGGCAGCAGUGACAGCAACAUGUGUUUGGAGCUAGCAUUGGAAGGGGAGCGCUUAUGCAAAGCUGGAGAUUGCCGAUCAGGGGUAGCAUUUUUUCAGGCAGCAAUCCAAGCCGGUACUGACGAUUUACGAACACUGAGCGCAAUCUACAGUCAGCUUGGAAACGCAUACUUCUACCUCGGAGACUACGUCAAAGCGAUGCAGUACCACAAGCACGAUUUGACCCUAGCCAGAACAAUGAACGACAAGCUGGGAGAAGCAAAGUCCAGCGGUAACCUGGGCAACACCUUGAAAGUCAUGGGAAAGUUCGACGAAGCGAUGAUCUGCUGCAAAAGACACCUGGAGAUCUCCCGAGAGAUCGGGGACAAGCAGAGCGAAGGUCGCGCUCUUUACAACCUGGGGAACGUCUACCACGCGAAAGGGAAGCAGGGUGGUCGUGGCCACCACGAUCCCGGAGAAUUUUCCGAGGACAUAAAACAGUGCCUCCAACAAGCUGUGGGGUACUACGAAGAGAACCUGGCGCUGAUGCGCGAGUUGGGAGACUCAGCGGCUCAAGGGCGCGCUUGUGGAAAUCUCGGUAACACUUUUUACCUCCUAGGAGAGUUCCAGAAGGCGAUCCACUACCACAACGAGAGGCUGAAAAUCGCGAGGGAGUUCGGAGACAAAGCGGCGGAGAGACGCGCGAAUAGCAACCUCGGAAACUCCCACAUAUUUUUAGGAGAGUUUGAAAAAGCAGCGCAGCAUUAUAAACGCACACUGGUGCUGGCUCAGGAGCUGGGGGAUCGCGCGGUCGAGGCUCAGGCUUGCUAUUCUCUUGGAAAUACUUACACGCUGCUCAGAGACUAUCCGACGGCCAUUGAGUAUCACUUACGUCACCUUGUUAUUGCUCAGCAAUUGAUGGAUCGCGUGGGCGAGGGACGCGCCUGCUGGUCACUUGGUAACGCUUAUUCAGCCAUGUUCAAUCACGAGAAAGCUCUUCAUUUUGCUACCUUGCAUUUGAGCAUCUCGAAGGAACUCGGUGAUCCCAUGGGACAGGCCACGGCCCAGAUGAAUGUUGCUGAUCUCCAGAAGAUCUUGGGCAUGGAGAAUAAUGAGAAGGAAAAUGACAAAGGGAAUAAUAAUCCGGUGGUUAAUAAUGUGCCAAUUAAUGCUGGGACUUCUCCGGGAAGGUAUCGGUUGAGGCGACAGAGUAUGGAUAAUCUUGAUUUAAUUAAGUUGACUCCAGAUGGCAAACAAAAAGAAUUACCACCAGCAAGAGCGGGUAUUGCGCCUCAGCCGUCACAAGAAGAUGAAGAAGAAGACUUCUUUGAGCUAUUAUCGCGGUUUCAAUCAGGAAGAAUGGAUGAUCAACGCUGCGUACUUGAUAUCAAUAAAAAACCACGGAUCAAGCCACCGACUAUUGAAAAAGAAAAAGAAGGAGAUGAUCUACUAGAAUUAAUCGCAGGUAUGCAGAGCAAACGAAUGGAUGAGCAAAGAGUAGUGCUUCCAAAUUUACCAGGUCUCAACACGACUCCAAAAACGCAAGCCGUGAUGAAAACUCCAGUAAGAACUCCGCAGGACGCAGAUGACUCGUUUAUCGACAUGUUGCUGCGCUGUCAGGGCUCGCGGCUGGAAGAUCAGAGAAGCCCUUUGCCCGCGAACGCGGUCCAGGACGCAGAAGAGGAGCCUAACCAAAGAUCCAACGGAAACACUCACGCGCCCGCAGGCACCACCGUCCCGGAGGAAGACUUGUUCGCGCUGAUCCAGAGACUCCAGGCCGAGCGCAUGGAGGACCAGCGAGCUUCCGGCCCUAGCAAAAACCUUUAA